CUGAAAGUGGGACACACUCGGAGGUGAGAGGUGGAAAGAGACGCCAUCGUAGAUUUGUAGUUUCCUUCCAUAAUCCUUUAUAAAUGAGGCCACGUAGAGACGCUGAUCGACGCAGAUUCACCUCUUCGUCGUCGUCGUCGUCGUCCUCCUCCUCCUCCUCGCCGCCGUAUCCGCCGCAAGCGGUCCGAUUCCGUCGCCUGGUUUUGAAACUCUGUCUGGCCAUGGCCGGUCAAUCUCGCAAGUGGAUGUUGUUAGUGGCCACCAUAUGGAUUCAGGCCUUCACCGGCACCAAUUUCAAUUUCGCGGCAUACUCCUCCUUACUGAAAUCCUCCCUCAAUAUCUCCCAGGUCCAGCUCAACUACCUCGCCACCGCCAGCGACAUGGGCAAGGUCUUCGGCUGGUCCUCCGGUCUCGCCCUCUUGCAUUUCCCGCUCUCCGUAGUCAUGUUCAUGGCCGCCUUCAUGGGCUUCUUCGGUUAUGGCCUCCAAUGGCUUCUCCUUCGCAAUCUCAUUACCCUGCCGUAUUCUCUGGUGUUUCUUCUGUGUUUGUUAUCCGGCUGUAGCAUCUGCUGGUUCAACACAGUAUGCUUUGUUCUCUGCAUUAGGAAUUUCCCAGCGAAUCGAUCACUUGCAUUAUCGCUCACUGUGAGUUUCAAUGGAGUUAGUGCAGCACUCUACACGCUUGCUGCAAAUUCCAUAAAUCCCUCGUCCAGUGAACUGUAUCUGCUCUUGAAUGCCCUUGUUCCUCUUAUCACAUCCUUUGUAGCAUUAAUCCCAAUUCUUCGCCAGCCAGCUUUAGACCAUCUUCCUCCGGAUGCAGUUCACCGGGACUCAUUGAUCUUUCUGAUAUUGAACUUCUUAGCAAUUUUCACUGGCCUCUAUCUUCUUCUCUUUGGCUCAUCUGUCUCUGAUGCAACUAUCGCACGUCGCUACUUCGCAGGAGCUAUAUUUCUCCUCGUCUUCCCAUUAUGUAUUCCCGGUACUGUCUAUGCUCGAGACUGGUUCCGCCAUGCCAUCCAUUCUAGGUUUCGGAUGGAACGCUCAGGCUUCAUACUUGUUCAUGUUGAUGAUCUUGAGCUUCACAAAGAACUCCUAACCCAGUCCAAUAGCAUUCAUAGUCUCAACAAUGAUGACUCUGAAAGUCUGUUGUGCGAUAAUGGAUCCAUGCAUGGAAGUCUUACUGCAAAAGAUAGUGAUGGGUGUUGUGAGAGGAUGAUUGACAGGGAUCAGUUGACAGUGCUAGGUGAAGAGCACCCAGCUUCAGUGGUUGUACGUAGGUUGGACUUUUGGCUUUAUUAUAUUGCAUACUUCUGUGGAGGAACCAUUGGUCUUGUCUACAGCAAUAAUAUGGGACAGAUUGCCCAAUCUUUGGGCCUGACUUCAGAUAUAUCUACCCUUGUCACUCUUUAUUCAUCAUUCUCCUUCUUUGGCCGCUUGCUUUCAGCUGGACCAGACUAUAGUCGUAGUAAAUUUUACUUUGCAAGGACAGGGUGGCUAACUAUUGGGCUUAUACCAACCCCGGUUGCGUUUUUCUUGCUUGCCGCAUCAGACAGUGCUGUAGCACUUAAAACAGGAACAGCACUGAUUGGGUUGAGUUCUGGGUUCAUUUUUGCAGCAGCCGUGUCAGUUACUUCUGAGCUAUUUGGGCCGAAUAGUGUGAGCGUCAACCACAAUAUCCUCAUAACAAAUAUCCCAAUUGGAUCUCUUCUCUAUGGUUUCCUUGCCGCAGUUGUUUAUGAUGCCAAUGCACAUCAUCCAACAAACUCAACAGUAUCUGACAUAGCAGUGUGCAUGGGAAGGCAGUGUUAUUUCUGGACAUUUGUGUGGUGGGCAUGUAUAUCUAUCAUCGGACUAGCUUCUAGUGUGUUACUAUUCAUGAGAACCAAGCAUGCAUAUGAUACUUUUGAAAACAAACGCAUCUCAACACAACCAAUUGUGUUUUAAGUUUGUGGUUCUGAAUUAAGAUACAUAAAGAUCAUGAGGUGAUUUACUUUGGCUUCAUUUGGACAUAUGCAGAAGCUAGGAGUUGUACAGGGUUUUCUUGAUUUUAGAUAUGUAUACAAAGCCAAAGAGGCAGAGAUAAAUCAGGGUUGAGUGUAGAGGAGAUUUAGAUUCAGUAGC